UGGCGGCGUUUAUCGUGGAGGCAGGUUCGAGCCUAAUAUUCUAAUAUAUGUGAAGCUUUGGGCGUCGUUGCUGGCGACGUAUUUUCAAAUGGCUUCAAAAGAAGAAGAACCUUCAGCCGCUUCAUCCAGUCAAGCAAAGUUUUUAAACGCGUACGAUAACUCCAACAAAUACUCCGAGAGUCUCCUUCGUUCUGUUGUCCAGGCAACGAAAGCAGCUAAUGACCUACCAGGAGCUGGAGAAGAUUUUGAGUAUUUCAGCAGUUUUGCCAGUUUUCGUCAAGUCAUGCUGGCAGAAGGGAAGAGUUUACUCAAGCUAAUGUCAUCUCUAGCCAACCACCAGGUUGGGAAAGGGAAGUUUGAGGGAUUGGACUUGGAGGAGAAGUUUGAUCUUCUAACCGACAUCAAUGACACAGUGCUUGAGAGAGUGGGAAACAAUCUUGACGAGGCGGAUGGAGUCAAGAAAAAGGCUGACGAUGUUGUUCUUGUCACUGUGACCGCAAACAGGCCUAUUCACACCAGCUGGAACAAGAAGAGCGCCAGCAAGGCAGCGAAGUUCCACCUGCUGGCGGCCAAGAACGUGGUGCGGCCACAGAUCAAUUUCAAAAAAAAGGUAGACAACAGCAACACCCCCUUUGUUCCCAUCCUUCAAGACAAGCCACACUCACUGAAGCCACUCGCCAUUUUGCCCGAGAACACUUUCGAUGGACAAGAAAGUUACAGCCACCCCUAUGAGUGGGAGAUAGAGCAUUUUGAGCCAUCACCCUCACAAUUGAGGGCACCUUCUGAAGAGAGGCUUCCCCCACCUCUUGAGGAGACACCCUGCACCAUAGUGGAAACAGUCGAUCAGCUGAAGGACAUGUGUGAGGCAUUGUCAAAAGAAACUGAGAUUGCUGUGGACUUGGAGCACCAUUCAUACAGGAGCUUCCAGGGCUUCACAUGCCUGAUGCAGAUCUCAAGCCGCACCCAUGACUACAUCGUCGAUGCAUUGGCUCUGCGUCACGAACUGCAGAUGCUCAACGAAGUUUUUGCCGACCCCAAGAUCGUCAAGGUCUUUCACGGUGCAGACAUGGAUGUGUUGUGGCUGCAGCGCGACUUCGGCUUGUACCUUGUGGGGCUGUUUGAUACAGGCCAGGCAGCCAAGGUGCUUGGCUUGGCUCACUUCUCUCUGGCCUUCCUGCUAAAGCAUUACUGCCAGAUAGAGGCUGACAAGCAGUUUCAACUUGCUGACUGGCGGAUACGGCCCUUGCCACCAGUAAUGAUUAGUUACGCACAGUCGGACACUCACUACCUGCUCUACAUCAUGGACCGCCUGAAGCGUGACCUGGCCGAUCGCAGUAAUGAGAAUGACAACCUGCUGCGAUCAGUGUUUGACCGCAGCAAGCAGGUGGCACUUAGGCGUUAUGAAAAGCCCAGCUGCCAUGAACAGAGUUACAUGGAGCUGUACCGCAAGAGCCGUAAGACAUUCAACAGCCGCCAGCUGCACGCCUUGCGCCACCUGUACAGCUGGAGAGACAAGGUGGCCCGCGUCGAAGAUGAAAGCACUGGAUAUGUGUUGCCCAACCAUAUGAUCCUAGAGAUAUCAGAGAUCCUUCCAAGGGAGCGACAAGGUAUCAUGGCCUGCUGCAAUCCCUGCCCUCCUCUAGUGCAGCAGAACCUUAACGAGCUACAUGCUAUCAUCCUGAAAGCCCGUGAGGUGCCCCUCAACGAGAGGUCAGUGCCAGAACAGUCAUCGUGGCCAGAGGCUGUGCAAGUUGACUUGGAUAGCGUGCUUCAUUGCGUCCACGAUCGGCCUAAGCACGACGAUGCCACUCUGGCGCUGCCCACUCUACUAGAUGAAGACGCUGAACCUCUGCCUGCAAAAAAGCCAAGUUCACAGCUGUUGACUAAGGCAGUGCCAAGUUUGGAGGCAAUAGCAGCCAAGAUUCCACACACAAAGCCAAGGCGUGGUACCUUUGUGCUGCCGUACAAGCGAUAUAUGGCUGCUGUGGAGCGAGAUGGCACAGAAGUUGAGGCUAGCGAAGUGGUGACGGCAACUGGUGAAUCAGCUGAGCCUCGUGUGGCUAAAGUCAAGGCCGAACCUGGCAAGAUCAGUGAAGCCACAGAAGUCAAGCAAGAAGAAGAAGAAGAAGAGGCCCCUGCAGAAAUCCAAGCAGCAUCGUUUGAAGACGCAGCCUUGACUGAGCCCCUGCGUUCACCACGGAAGACACCACGUAGGCAGCGUGGAAAGAGAAAGAGGCAGGAACCUGAUGUGGGACUCCUUCCCGACGGCCAGACGUACAACUCCGCUCAGGUCAUUCCUUCUGAUGAAAAAGCCGAGAGCAGCAGCAGAGGAGAAACUGAUUUUAAGCCCUUUGACUAUUCUGCACAUACUCCUCAAGCACCCAAAGAGCAGAAAAAUCAGCCUUGGAGCUACAACCCUGAGGGUCCCAAUGACAUGAAGGCAGGAAAGAGGAAGCGAAGAAGACAGCAGGUCAAGAGCCGCACAUUUGGAAGCAGCAGUGGCGAGCCUGUUGCCAAGUGGCCCAAGCGAUGACCGGCCCACUCUGAUGCAGCUGUGGGGGGAGGGCUAUAAAGCUACUUUCAUUUGUGUUGUUUUUUACUGAAGCCACCUUCCUCCUUCUCUUCUGGCAUCACCUGCAAUGAAAAACCAAAUCACGUCAGUGACAUUCAGAACGUUUGCAGGUGAACUUGCUGGACCACAAGGGAUGUAAGUCUGUAGAAAACUUCAUAAAUAUACAUCUGGGGUACACAUGACUCUUCCAGCUAAACUGCUUGCUCAUUAAAACUGAAAUUUCAUGCAACGUCAGCACUGUUCAGUAGUACAACUUUUGCAGGCAUUACACCCAUGUUUGUCAUCCGAGGAAAGGCCACGCAAAAUUUGUUAUUCUUUGUUGUAAAGAUACAGUGGUGCCACCCACCAUAGCUACAGUGAACACUGUAUUUUGUGCAAAGCUGUGACAGAUGGUGCCACUCUCACUAUGCUACUAGAAUCUGCAUAUCGAGUCGAGAUGAUAUGCACAUCAAAUUUAUAAAUAAGCAUGUAGUGUUCCUAAACUUGCUGUCAAACAAACAUCCACAAAAUGCUUUGUCUCAGCAAAAUUUGAAUGUAAAUGUGCCAGUGAUUCAAAUGGCAUAAUCGUGGUGUUUAUUCGAUUCAUAGCAUGUCUCAUUCACGCAACAGUUAACAUCCAGAGCAAUACCUUUUGGACCUCGACAAUUUUUCUUGAACACUCUCCCUCAAUCUGUUUAAGGCACAUUGCUCCAUGAUAAAGCACAUUACAGGGUAACACGCCCACCAUAGAAAUUUUCUCUAUAAUACUUAAUUAGGUUUUAAUGCAAAAAAACACCAUACAAUUAUGGGGCAGACCGUGGUGGCAAACACUAGAUUAACUAUAAACGACAUGAGAUUCCUUAAGGGCCCCUGAAACACUUUUUCAAGUAACCAUGGAAUGAAUUCACUGAAAGAGCUUAUUGCGUCACGAAUUCAACGCCACAAAAAUUUUAACAAUCUAUCCAGUAUGAGUGCAGUUUCAAUAUUUGUCACACGCUGCAGUCGCAUUCUGUCUCCUCUCGUCCCGGCAAAAGCGCUGGAAGCUAAGCAGGGAGGGAUAGCAAGGACAAAGAAAGUACGUCACGUGCGCCUGGUGACCUUGACCAUCUUUUUUUUUCUUUUUUUUUUUUCGGAGACGUGGCUUUUUCAGUGUGAUCGCGCGAGCACGCAGGGACAAGUCGCCGCGAUCUUCGUAACGACCGUGCACAUCAUGUUCAAAUCGGCCAAUGCCUGAUAGAUGGCCUUCUACGAGUGAUUUUUGGGUGUCUUCUGUCAUUUGUGGAGAGAAGAGAAAGCAACUUUUAGCUGACUUUGAUAAUGUAUUGUGAAAUCCAGGCUGUGUGCUGCGCUAUAAUAAUUAGCUCGCGUGUUCUCGUGGGGCCUCUACUACCGAUCUGCAGCGUUUUCUGACCAUGCUCCGAAAGUGUUCCAGGGCACCUUUAACAUGCACCUAAUCUAAGCACAGAGGCGUUCUGGCAUUUCGCCCCUCACAACAUGCAGUUGCUGUGGCUGAAAAAGCUUCACGUUGCCUUGUAAGUCAAAUGCAGAGUGAACAUAAUUUCCUUCUAUCCAGGAGUGUGUAAAUAGUGAAUUUUAGAAUUUAAUUGAAUAUGAAUUGGAUAACAAUGAUGCCAAAUUGAAUAUGUGUCUACGGCUAUUCCAGUAGCUUCUGAAUAAUUAGACAACUAUUUUCAAAGCAGCCCUAGAAUGGCAGUGUAACCACGUUAGAAACAAAGAAUUUCACAACACUUUAUUUGAAUCACUAGCUUUACGAAAGGAACACUGCCAUUACUUUUUAGGCAAACUUAUAUAAGGCAGCAACUGAAACUUAUGCAAUUUCGUAAUUGCCUUUAAUAUUUUCCGAUUGCCAGUUGAAAUACAGGUGUGACUAUAGUAUUCAAAGUGGCACUUUGUCAAUGGCUUACAUAAAUAUUAAACAAUAUCUAUGAGUCAACAUCGUUGUAAAUGUCAAUUUGAAUACAAUGCAUUAAUGACUCACUUCGGGGACACUAGAGUUUCAAGCAGAAACACCUGCAUUGUAUAAUGAAUAUAGUACCCAUGUUUCUGCAUUAACUUAAGUGCUUGUUUCUGGGUAAUUUGGUAAUUAAAAUAAAAACUGUUGCUUCUG